AUGGCCAACAUUUCGGAGAAGGAGAGCAUUGUUGUGCCAGACGCCGACGUCCAGGUUUCGAAAAAGAGCUUAGACGAUGGCAGCGAUAGUGCGAGCAACAAGUCCAUCAAGGAGUCCAAAGAUGUCCCGCCAGCUGGCUAUCCUCGCGGACUCAAGCUGUUCGUCCUUACUGCCGCCACUUUGAGUGCCACUUUCUUGAUGUCCAUUGACCAGACCAUUGUCGGUACAGCUAUACCAAAGAUCACAGCCGAAUUCAACGGACUGGAUGAUGUGGCAUGGUACGCAGCCGCGUACUUCAUGACAUUCGGCGCCUCCCAAUGCUCCGCCGGCAAAGUCUACAAGUUCUUCGACAUGAAAUGGAGCUUCAUGGGCAGCAUGCUCAUCUUCGAAGUCGGCUCACUCAUCUGCGGCGUCGCCCCUUCCUCCAACACCCUGAUCGUCGGUCGAGCCAUCGCUGGUCUCGGCGCCUCCGGCCUCUCAAUCGGCGCAACAAGCAUCAUCUCCCUGUCCGUCGAACCAGCCAAGCGACCCCUCAUGAUGGGCCUCAUCGCCAUGACAUACUGUAUCUCCGCCUGCCUCGGCCCCGUCUUGGGCGGCGUCUUCACCGACGAGGUCUCCUGGCGCUGGUGCUUCUACAUCAACCUCCCCAUCGGCGGGGCUGCCGCUGUCGGCGUCUUCCUCUUCUUCAGCCUCCCAGCCGCCGCCAAACCACCUCAAAUCCCCUUGUACCAGAAGCUCCUGCACCUCGACCCAGUUGGCAUCACCCUCGCUAUGGGCUCCAUCACCUGCUUCAUCUUGGCGCUGCAGUACGGCGGUGUCUCCCGCUCGUGGGGCAGCUCGGUCGUCAUUGGGUUAAUUGUGGGCUUCGUGCUGAUUGCCGCUGCUCUCGCCGCCUGGGAGCUUUGGCUAGGGGAAUAUGCGAUGAUGGCGCCGCGGCUGUACAAGCAGCGCACCCUCUCCGUCGUGGCCCCCUUCCAAUUCUUCUUCAUGGGCAGCUACAUCGUCCUCCUCUUCUACCUCCCCAUCUACUUCCAGUCCGCACUUGGAGCAAGCCCAAUCCGGUCCGGCGUCGACAACCUCCCCCUGGUCACAGCAGCAGCAGUGUUCGCUCUAGCGGGCGGCGCGUUCGUCAUGACCACAGGCCUGAUCUGGCAGACCAUGAUGGCCAGCGCCGGCCUCUCAACCGUCGCGGUCGGAUGCAUCUACACAUUCGACCUGCACACCACGACCGCCACCUGGGUCGGCCUGCAAUUCUUCAUUGGCGCAGUCAUGGCAUUCGGCAUCAUGCAGGGCGUCACACUCGCCCAAUCCGCCGUCGGCCCAGAGGACCUGCCUGCCGUUUCGGCGAAUCUCCUCUUCUUCAACACUCUAGGCGGCGCCUUCUCCUCCUCCGCAGGCCAGUCCGCCUUCCUCAACCAACUCCUCCGCACCCUCCCCACCUCCGCCCCUACCGUCUCCCCCCAACUCGUCCUCCUCACCGGCGCGUCCGAGCUCCGCCAUGUAUUCGGCCCCGACACCCUCCCCGGAGUCCUCGACGCCUACAUGACGGGAAUCCGCGCUGCAUUCGCAGUGAGCAUCGCAUUCGCCGGGACGGCGUUCCUCCUGAGUUUCGGGAUCCCGAUGGGAAGGCUGCCGACGCCGAAGCAGGCGAAGAAGGAGGGGAAGGAGGCGCCUAUAGUUGGGAUGGUGUGA